UCAGCUUGACUUUGCUAUGUAAACAUUUAAUAACUUUACUCACGAUGACUUUUAAUUUAUUGAAACUGAAGAAGAAUGUGUGUUCAUUUAGGCGUGACAUCAGCUGUUUUCAAUCUUAAACAUUUGCUUUUUCCAAGUUAUUGAUCAUCCAGCGCGUGCGACUGCAGCUUCGCGUGUCUGUCUGACCGUCGUUCGGUCGUAUUUCAGUAUUUACUCUGAGAUAUUACCACUAUAAAGAUGAUACCGUUGUCCGAGUUUAUCGACAGGGAUUAUGCAUAUAUCGCUGUAGUAGCUGUAUCCAUAUUUUUGGGAGGAUUCACUAGAAAAAUAAAGAAUGUCGAGACCAAAAAACUUUUCACUUUCCUCGUCGGAUUUACGAUCGUCAGCGCUUUCUGUGGAGCAGAGGUUUUGCAUUCGUUGAUAACUAUCAUAAUAGGCACCUUGCUUAUUAAACAAUGCUCGAAUAGGAGCAUGCCAAAAAUGGUUUUCCUUUUCUCAUUUCUAUAUCGAAUAUUCUUCUGUUUGUCUUCGUUCUUUACUUCAUGGAGAGACGACAGAAAUUUAGCAAAUGGGAUUCAGCUAGUUUUAACUAUAAAGAUGAUUUGCGUUGCAUAUGAGGUCGAUGAUUUUCGAAGAAGACAAGCAAAUGAAAACGCCCAUGCUAAUGGUCAUUCUAAUGGCGUCGGAAAUGGAUUCUCUAAUAAUCACAACAAUAUUACUACAAUGGACAAACACAAAACAUUCCCAUUGAAUGAGGAGCCAUCAUUUUUCGAUAUUAUCUGCUACAUGUACUGCUUCUUGGGCAUCGGAACAGGUCCAUUUUAUCGUUAUCGCACUUAUCAUGAUAUGAUCUUUCUGCCUCAACAUAUAUCGAAGCCUCUACCUGCUGUUGAUCACAUUAUCUCUCGUCUGAGUAUAUUAACGAUGCUUAUCAUUGUUUCUGUUGGUGGUGGAAUGUUAUUUGGAGUCAAAGAAAUGAAAUCUGAUGAAUUUUAUGAGAGAUCAUUUUUUUAUAGAUUUUUUUAUGUCCUACCAAUCGGAGCCAUAGGAAUGUCAAGAUAUGGAGUAAUUUGGUUUUUAUCUGAAUUUGGAUUUGCCAUGUCUGGUCUUGGUGUUUACCCAGAGUCUAUGAAGCCAGAGCCAGGUAGAGGACCAACAAAUUUUCAUGAUGGAAAUGAUGACAUAUGGGGCAAAAAAAUUGCCAGAGGACUACGGUAUAGUUUUGAAUCAACCAGAAAUGUGUAUAUUGUACAAGGUUUAACUGCCAAAACGUACGCUAAAACAUUUCGAUGGUGGAAUUGUACAGUGCAAUGGUGGUUGGCACAUUUCAUUUAUGCGAGCAAAUUAUUCUCUGGGAAACCAGUGUUUAUAAGAUGGUUAGCAGUUGCUAUUGUGUCUGCAGUAUGGCAUGGAUUCAAGGCAGGAUAUUACUUCUCUUUUGUUGGAAUGACAUAUGUAGCAUUUGCGGAAUUCUUAUUGCUGAGUCAAGUUGGGGCAAGACUGAACAAGAAUGCCAGAGUGGUAUUUGAUUUAGUACAUUAUCUACUAUACAAAGCAGUUGGAAUUGGAUCAUUUAUGACAACAUUUUCGUUAUCAAAUUAUUCAGAUGUUAUGAGAUACCUCGCUUCUGUGUAUUAUGGAAUAUAUGGUGUGGCAACGGCGUCUAUUAUAUUGAGUGUAAUUACCAGUGUGGUGUUCUCAAUGAUUCCAAAAGAAACAGUAAAAAGAGAGAAGACUGAAUAAUAUGGACUAGUUGUAUUAUAAUUUAUGUAGAUUAAAUUAUUUCAUUUAAAAAAGAAUAUUUUAAAGCGAAUAUCUUAAUGUUUGGGAGUAAUGUAACGGGUAUAGGUAUCAAUGGUCGAAUAGUUUGUUAUUCUAAAAUCCAGAGUUCAAAUAUAUUUCGAUUUUGAUUUAUCUUAACGGACAUAUUCUCCAGUAAGAUCAUAGUUUAUGGAUUACUUUACUAGCUCGUUUCUCUUUGUAGACUCACGCGUUGGUGGCAAAGCAAGAAUCAUUUUGCCCACACAAAGAUGAAAUUUAAAAAACAAAAUCAUGCUAUAUGCUAAAUUUUACACAGUUAAAGCAGAAAAAGGGUAAAAUUUGGCAUAAAUCAUGUUUUUGGCUGCGAAAAUAGUACUUUCUGUCACUGUUAUCAUACUUUUGUAAUGUAAUUAAAAAUUAUUUCAACAACAUGUUAGGAACAACUUUCAGGAAUAGUUUAGUAUUAGAAGGUUGUAUGACACAAAAUGCUAUUACUAUAUAUAUUGAUAGUGUUAUCUUCUAUAAGUACAGUUUAAUAAUAGUAAAGCUAUUAUUUACUUAUGAUAUUUAUUGUGCUGCGAAAUCAUUACUUAAUUAUUUAUUAAUCCUUGUCAACUGCGGAUUUGUGUGCACAAUAUUCUGGGGAAUUUAUGUGUGGAUGUGCACAUGUAAUGAAAGGUGACGACAACUUCAAAUUUUUAGUUCAUUUUAUUUGAUUUUUUUUGUAUUAAUUAUUUACUGUUGUAAAUGUGUUAGUUCAUUGUUGUUUGUUUUAAUGUUUAAUUUCUUUUUAAUUAAUUAGUUCUGCUUAUUUAUUAUUUAAUUACUGUGCUAUAUUUCUGCUGUGUAUCUUUUAUUUGAUCGUACUAAUACCAUCUGUAAACGUUUUUUUUUUCAUUUUUUUUGUAUAAUUUGACUCUAGUGAAUAGGUGAAUAUAUGUACACGGGUACACCAAAAUAAUCUGCGUAAAAUCUGUGAAAUAAUUUUUGCCCAAAAAUUGAUAGAUUAACAUAUUUUAGGGCAACCUAAUUUUGCUUUUAGGCCAAUAAUUUUUUCACUGCCAUAUAAAAAUUGUAUUCGCGUCUCUAUUAGGGUAGUUUUAAUACAGGGGUCAUAGUAAGUGGCCUAUGAUGUUGCAUUAGUCUAUAAAACUAUUGGCCGAAUUUUAUUUGCAAAAAAUACAUAGUGCCAUAACAAAAUUAUUUAUUGCUGUUCUUUCAUAAUGAUUUUUCCACAGUUUAAAUCUGAUUCUCUGCUGAGGGUAUCAAACUUCCAAGUUCGAAGUUUAGGUAAAUUUUGUGUGACGUGCUGCAAUGUCCAUAAGGAAUCGUAUAGUUGAAUCUGUUCGCAGUUAUAUACCUAUAUUAAACAUUUUUAAUUCACAAUUUAAAGGAUAAUUUGAUUUGAAAAAGUAUCAUUUUUAGCAUUUAAU